AUGGCAGCUUAUAAUAAUAAAUCCAUGGAAGCUGAAGACUUGCCGAAGAAAAGGAAACACGAAAGUAGCCAUUGGUGGGAAGACGACCUCGAAGACAAGUCCACAAUUAAAUGAAAUUCACUAGAACAUCAUGGUGUAAUGUUUCCGCCAUUAUAUCAGCCUCAUGGAAUGCCUAUUCUUUAUAAUGGUGAACAUGUAUCCCUUACUCCAGAACAAGAAGAAGUCGCCACAAUGUGGGCCUCAGUCGUUGGAACCGAAUGGGAAACAAAAGAAAUUUUCAGAAAAAAUUUCGAAAAGAACUGGCUAAGAGUUUUAGGCGAAAACCACACAAUUAAGAGCCUAGAUGGCUGCGACUUUAAAGGGAUCCAGGCUCAUAUUGAAGCACAAAGAGAACUGAGAAAAGCAAGACCUACAGAAGAAAAAAAGGCUGAAAGAGAAAUUAAGCAAAAAAUUGAUGAGGAAAUGGGAUAUGCGAUAGUUGAUAAUGUAAGGGAAAAAAUAUCGAAUAUUAUUGUAGAACCUCCUGGACUAUUUAGAGGAAGAGGACAGCACCCAAAAGCAGGGUAUUUGAAAGCAAGACUGUCACCUGAAGAUAUCACUAUAAAUGUUGGGAAAGGCAACAAAGUACCAAUAUGCCCACUUCCAGGCCAUGCCUGAAAAAAUGUGACUCACAAUAGCACUGUGACUUGGCUUGCAUUUUAUAAAGACCCAGAGCUUACUUUUUCAAAUGUAAAAUAUGUGUAUUUAUCAGCAUCCUCCAAAUUUAAAGGACUUAAUGAUAAGCUGAAAUACGAAAAAGCAAGAAGGCUAAAAGAGUAUAUUGAAGGAAUAAGAGAAAAUUACCACGGGAAAAUCCGUUCAGAAAACGCUCUUGAUCGACAACUCGGCUCAGCUUUGUAUUUAUUCUUUUUUUUUCCAUAUUUUCCAAUUUUUUAUUAUUUUCGUUAUUAUAAUUAUUACUUUAAUGCAGUAUAAUCGAUAAACUUGCAUUGCGUGUUGGCAAUGAAAAAUCAGAAGAUGAAGCUGACACAGUAGGCUGCUGUUCUUUAAGAGUCGAGCACAUAAAGCUUGAAGAGGACUAUCACAUUACUUUAGAUUUCCUUGGCAAAGACUCAAUGAGGUACUUCAACACAGUACAAAUCAUCCCUGAAGUCUAUGAAAAUUUAAAAGGCUUUAUUAGUGGAAAGGAUAAAGAAAAUGAAUUAUUUGACUUAAUUACAACAACCUCACUUAAUGAAUAUUUAAAGAGCUUUAUGGAAGGGCUUUCUGCAAAGGUGUUUAGGACUUAUAAUGCAUCUAUUUGUCUGCAGCAGCAAUUAGCAAAAUUUAAUGAAUUAGAUCAGACUGUAGAGGAAAAAGUGAAAUUUUAUACAGAUGCCAAUAGGGAAGUAGCUAUUUUGUGCAAUCAUCAAAAAUCUACUCCAAAAAAUUUUGAUGCACAAAUGGAAAAACUUCAAGACAAAUUAAAAGAAAAACUGGAUAUUAUCGUUAUGCUAGAAGACCAUAUAAAAUUCCUAAAGAAUGGAAAAAACCCAGUUAAAACUGAUAAAAAACUGCCUACAAAUGAAGAAAGCGCGAGAAAAGCAUUAGCCAGAGCUAAAACAACUGUGAAGAAUAUGGAAAUUAGGCUGAAAAUGAAAGAUGAUAACAAAACAGUUGCGUUGGGGACUUCUAAAAUUAAUUAUAUGGAUCCGAGAAUUACUGUAGCCUGGUGCAAAAAAGAAGAAGUCCCAAUUGAAAGGAUAUUCCCUAAAACUUUGAGAGCUAAAUUCAUUUGGGCGAUGUACGCAGAACCUUCUUGGCAAUUCUAA